AUGGCUGUCGCGUGUUGCAUGAUCACCUGGAUCUUGGUGGUGCUACUCAUGAUCUCCUUGUAUGGUGUAUUCGGUCUUGGGGGAAGUCGCCUUCUGCUCCCCUGCUUUGUGUAUCUACCCAUGGUCAGCUUCUUCAUUGCUUUCUUCUUUGGACAGCAGCUCUCUUUUGGGCUGUGGUCUCCAUCCAUUUGGAUAGACAGGCUGUGUAUCCAUCAGACGGAUCUGGACUUGAAAGCCGAACAAAUCAAGUCCGUGCCCACCUUCGUUGCACGUUCUUCCCGCAUGCUCGUCCUUUGUGACGGGUCCUAUUUUGAACGGUUGUGGUGCAACCUAGAGCUGGCCACUUUUGCACGGCAUGGAGGCGUGGAUAAGGUUGACGUGUUGCCACUUUGGCUUGCUCCCUGGCUGCUCUGCAGCAUUUUGCUGGAGCUUCUCAGUGCCACCAUGUGGGACGUUUUGCAGCUGGCGUUCCCCAAUUGGAGUGCCGCCUGGUUAACAAACAUCAUGGGGUUCGCUGCGCCUCUUCUCGGAGACAACCCGAUCAUGCUGAAAUUUGUUGCUUUUCUGAUUAUCUGGAUGAUCUCAUCACUGACCACGCUCCCGGCUUCCAUACCCAGCUUCUUCUCCUUCCGCAUGAAGAUUCGCCAUCACCAGAUUAUCCUGGACGGGAGGGGAGGAGGGUUUGGGGCUUGGGGAUGGGUGUUCAGAUUACCUCAGUGUCAGUGCUAG